AUGGCGGCGCCGCGGAAUGUGGUGGUGGAAACCGGCAGCCGGCUGUUGGACAGGGAUGAGGAGAAGAACGAUGAGUCGCCGUCGGGGAAGAAGCUGAAGGCGGAGAGGUUCCCACUCUCGCGGUGGGAAUUUGCGGCGGCUCUCGGGGUGUUUUUGGUGUUCUCCACCGGUUUGCUGUGCAUUUACCUCACUAUGCCCGCCGCCGAGUAUGAGAUGUUGAAGCUGCCUCGUAACCUCGCGGAUCUUCGCUUGCUCAAGGAUCAUCUCGCUACAUAUGCCCAAGUGUACCCUGCAAAGUUCAUUAUUGGUUACUGCUCGACAUACAUAUUCAUGCAGACAUUCAUGAUCCCCGGCACUAUUUUCAUGUCCUUAUUAGCCGGAGCACUUUUUGGUGUGGUAAGAGGUCUUUUCUUGGUUGUCUUCAACGCAACUGCCGGGGCAUCUUCCUGCUAUUUUCUGUCCAAACUCAUUGGCAGACCCAUUGUCAACUGGCUGUGGCCUGAAAAACUCAGAUUUUUCCAAGCUGAGAUAGCAAAGAGGAGAGAGAAAUUGUUGAAUUACAUGCUCUUUCUGAGAGUAACACCAACACUGCCAAACCUGUUCAUCAAUUUGGCAUCUCCAAUUGUGGACAUACCAUUUCAUAUUUUCUUUCUGGCAACUGUUGUUGGCCUCAUUCCAGCUUCCUAUAUUACUGUUAGAGCUGGGCUUGCUCUUGGAGAACUGAAGUCGGUGAAAGAUCUAUACGAUUUCGAGACAUUGGUGGUACUGUUCCUCAUCGGGUCGAUUUUAUUGUUGCCGACCCUUUUGAAGAGGAAGCGGAUAUAUGAAUGA